GCAGUGAAGUGUGAGGCGAACUGUUGGAAACUAGAGGACUAUCUGUCUGUCUGUCUGACUGGGAGAUUUCUGUUUUAGGUUGCUCGCGUCGCAGCAGCCUCUCCCCGCAUUUUAUGAGAACGGACAGCAGCUUCACUCGUUCCACUGAGGGUGUUGAAGAUGGCAGUCUGGAUCCAGGCCCAGCAGCUCCAGGGGGAUGCUCUACACCAAAUGCAGUCUCUGUACGGUCAGCACUUCCCAAUUGAGGUGCGACAUUAUCUGUCCCAGUGGAUAGAGGGCCAGCUCUGGGAUGCUGUAGACCUAGAGAACCCGCAGGAGGAGUUCAAAGCCAAGCGCCUCUUGGACAGUCUGAUACAGGAGCUCCAGAACAAGGCUGAGCACCAGGUGGGAGAGGAUGGCUUCCUACUCAAAAUCAAACUGGGACACUACGCUAGCCAGCUCAAGAGCACGUAUGACCGCUGUCCUCUGGAGCUGGUCCGAUGCAUCAAACACAUCCUCUACACAGAGCAGAGGCUCGUCAGAGAGGCAACAAAUUCGAGCUCUCCUGUGGGGGGGAUGAUGGACAGCAUGUCUCAGAAAUACCAACAGAUCAACCAAGCUUUUGAGGAGCUUCGUCUCAUGACUCAGGACACUGAGAAUGAUUUGCGGAAGCUCCAGCACAACCAGGAGUACUUCAUCAUCCAGUACCAAGAGAGCCUUCGCAUCCAGGCUCAGCUGACCAGCCUGGCCACGCUACCACCUGCUGAUCGACAGCUCCGGGAGCCCACCCUUCUCAGCAAGAGAGCCACCGUGGAGGCAUGGCUGACCAGAGAGGCCAACACACUACAGAAAUACAGACUGGACCUGGCAGAGAAGCAUCAGAAAACACUGCAGCUGUUGAGGAAGCAGCAAACCAUCAUUCUGGACGACGAACUGAUUCAGUGGAAGAGACGGCAGCAGCUGGCAGGCAACGGGGGCCCACCAGAGGGAGGUUUGGACAUCCUGCAGUCCUGGUGUGAGAAGCUGGCGGAAACUAUCUGGCAGAACAGGCAGCAGAUUAGAAGAGCAGAGCACCUCAGACAACAGCUGCCCAUCCCCGGUCCCAUUGAAGAACUUCUCAGUGAACUCAACAGUACUAUCACAGAUAUCAUCUCAGCAUUGGUCACGAGCACUUUCAUCAUUGAGAAACAACCUCCACAAGUGCUCAAAACCCAAACCAAAUUUGCCGCUACAGUGCGUCUCCUAGUGGGUGGGAAGUUGAACGUGCACAUGAACCCACCACAGGUCAAAGCCACCAUCAUUAGUGAACAGCAAGCCAAAGCCCUCCUGAAGAAUGAAAACACAAGGAAUGACAGCAGUGGGGAAAUUCUCAACAAUAACUGUGUGAUGGAGUACCACCAGACUACAGGAACUCUCAGUGCCCACUUCAGGAACAUGUCUUUGAAGAGGAUCAAGCGAUCGGACAGGAGAGGAGCAGAAUCUGUCACAGAAGAGAAAUUCACCAUUUUGUUCGAGUCCCAGUUUAGUGUUGGAGGGAAUGAGCUUGGCUUUCAAGUGAAGACAUUAUCACUUCCUGUAGUGGUGAUAGUUCAUGGUAGCCAAGACAAUAACGCCACAGCAACUGUGUUGUGGGACAAUGCUUUUGCAGAGCCGGGACGGGUGCCUUUCCUUGUGCCAGAUAAGGUGCUUUGGCCUCAGCUGUGUGAUGCCAUCAACAUGAAGUACAAAGCUGAAGUGCAGAGUAAUCGAGGUUUGUCUGAGGAGAACCUGGUCUUCUUGGCUCAAAAGGCCUUCAGCAGCUCCAGCAACAACCCCGACGACUACCGCAACAUGACUAUGACCUGGUCUCAGUUUAACAGGGAAAGCUUGCCAGGAAGGAACUUCACAUUUUGGCAGUGGUUUGAUGGUGUGAUGGAACUCACAAAAAAGCAUCUCAAACCACACUGGAAUGACGGAGCCAUCUUGGGCUUUGUAAACAAGCAGCAGGCUCAGGACAUGCUGAUGUCUAAACCCAAUGGCACCUUCCUUCUGCGCUUCAGUGACUCUGAGAUCGGAGGAAUCACAAUUGCCUGGGUGGCAGAAAAUCCUAACAAAGCAGGUGAGAGAAUGGUUUGGAACCUCAUGCCCUACACAACCAAAGACUUCUCUAUUCGUUCUCUGGCCGACCGCAUCAGCGAUCUCAAUCACCUCCUGUUCCUCUACCCUGACAGACCCAAGGAUGAGGUGUUCUCCAAAUAUUACACCCCGCCUCUCUCCAAAGCAGUGGACGGCUAUGUGAAACCACAGAUCAAACAAGUGGUGCCUGAGUUUGCUACAGCCAAUCCAGACCCAACAAGUGCGAACGCAACCUAUAUGGAUCAUGGCGCCUCCCCAGCACCUGUCAUUCACCCCCACACCUACGGAACAUUCUCAACUAUGGGUGACUCUAUGUUAGAUGCGGAUGGAGACUUUGACCUGGAUGACACAAUGGACGUGGCAAGGCAUGUAGAAGAGCUCCUCCGGCGGCCUGUAGAGAGCCAGUGGGGUGGCCAACAGUCUUGACCUUUGACCUUUAAACCUGUGACAACACCAUACAAGUCCUUGUCCCACUCACAUUGACAUUUCUCAUGGUUUGGUUCCAUUCAUUUUGUUUCAGAUAGCUACAAUGUGAAAUGUUGAUAAUAGUUGUGAUUUUUUUUUUUUUUUCAGCAUGAGAGCAUGCAUGUCAGUAACAUGUCUUAGUUCUAUUUGUGUCCACAAGUGUUUGUAAAACAGGCUAGGUAUAAUGCAAAACCUACAGUGUUCCUCCAGUAUUGUGAAAAAGAAGUAAUGUUCAUUCACAAUGUGCAUGCAUGUCCAUUUCCCGAUUGAAAUAAUAUGCUACUGUAUGAAGUCAUUUUAACAGGUGAAUGUUUUUAUUUUGUCAUAUUUUCUUCUAUGUAAAUGGGUAAUCAGUAUUUUGAUAAUGACCUUGAAUUUGCCCUUUGAGAAGAAAGGAAAGUUUUGCUUUCGCUCUAAACAUCAUCUGAGUCAUUGCUCUGCAGAGCUGCAGUCAGUUUUUCAAAUCCAUAUACACUAACCUAAAGGCAUAGCAACUUUGUGCGCUCUGCUACUGACACACACAUCAGUAUCGUAUAAAUGUACUUGUUCACCAGCUGAAACCCCCGGGGGGGUGGGUUAUUCACCUUCUUUGCGCUCACAGGGCUAUUUAUCUUCUGUUUGUACACAGAAAUGCAAAUCUAAGCAUUUACCCAGCACUGCCUGCUUAACCCUCUCAGGUCCCUCUGUUCCAUCGUCAAUGCUACCUCGCAUUAUUCUGCUGACAGUUGUUGUUGCGUUUGUGUCUGUUGUUGUUUCUGCACCACAUUCACACCAUUAGUCAGUGGGUUUUUGUUAUUGUAAUUUGUGCUGUUGUGUGUGAAGAAGAUCCCUUGCUGCCUGAGGGCUAACUCUGUUGGCUGUUUUAUGCUUGAAACCUCCUCACCUGAAGAAGUCUAGACUGAUGAAGAAUCUUGUGUGGUCGGUAUGCCUGUAUAUUUGGGGCUUUGCUGCUCCAUUCUGACUUUCACUGCCUAUCCCUGUAGCAGUGCCAUGACAGUGUGACAUAACCAGCAUGUGCAUGUCACCGUGUGACAGCCAGACUGUGCCAUACGCUGACUUUGCAAGGCAUAGAUAGAUAGGUGCAGGCUUCGAAUGCUUGCUCAGCCUCACCAGCUGCUCAAGGAUGUCAAGUUAUGUCUAUCUUUGGCUUUUGGUAUCACUCAACAUACGUUUUCUUUGCUGCAUAUAAAAGAGAAAUACAUUAGUCUAAUAUGCUGAGACUAUUACCCCACUGCCUCCACUUGAAACACACACACACAAUGCUGGAUAGAAAAUAUGUCACUGAUCACAGCCUUGAACUUCGAGAAUGAAUCGCUUUGCUUAACUGAUGUGCAAGCAAAAUGGAAAAUUGUAUAUGAAUACAGAAUAUAAACGUAUCUUCUCUAUCAUAAUUCUAUUUUAUUGUUUCUCUGGUACACCCUUAGUGAAUGUAGCCCGUUUGUCUGACAGCGUUGAGGAUUCAAAUACCAACUCAAUCUGAGCAGAAGUCUUGUGGUGCAUGUCACCAGUAGCAGUUGAAAAAACACUGAUCAACUGGAAAUCAGAGAAAGAUGUAUGAUGUAUGUGUGUAUUUGUCCAACAGACUUUACAAUAUUUAAAAUAUCCUCUCACCUUUAUUUUUAUGGCUUUUGUAUUUUGGGCUUUUUUCCCUGUAUUUCAUAUCUCAACGUACCUAACCCUAACCACAGGCAGUCUUGUGGGAAACAUGUAGCUCUCAUUACCAUUAUUCUCAUCAUUUUUGAGCUUUGUUUCACUAGAAUGUGUAUUUUUUUCAAGAUAUAGAUGGCGCUGUUUGGUGUAUGUACAAUGUUUGUGGUUUGGAUUUAUCACUUGGAUUUUUUCCAAGAGAAACAGCUGUUGAGUU